ACAGCGCAGAUCAUCAUUCAACUCUGUGAGUGAGGAGAGAACACCACCACAGAGAAUGGUUGUGAGAGGGGUAACCCUAUACCUUUUGCUUGGUUAUCUCAUCAAAGGUGCUACCUCCACCUGUGUUUAUAACGUGUGUCUGAGAUGUAACACCACAGCAACAUGGGCAGACCCUUGUGAACUCUGCAAUAAAACGUGCAACAGUGCUAUUUCAUCAAACUGCACAAAAGGCUUUCAGGUUUCUAUCAACAGCAGUGAUUCCGAUCUUGUGGAGGGUGAUGACCUCAAUCUAACAUGUGUCCAUAACCUUCCCGAUGUGAUUCAAACAUUUGGGUGGAAGAUGAAUGAAGACACAAUUCAGGGCCAGAACGAAAGUAGGCUGUAUGACAAAAAGGUGUUGUCAAACAAAGCAGGCAGCUACAUCUGCUACGUGGAGAGCUUGUGUGGCUAUUAUGAGUCUCUGCCACAUGAUGUCACUGUAGAGAACAAUUCGCUGUUGUUACUGGUGGUUUGUGGUGUUUCCGCUCUGGUCCUGGUCUUGGUUAUGGGGCUGGUUAUGAAGUUCAAGCUGAAAAGAGACAACGCUAAACACAGAGAGAGGAUGAGGCAGAAGGCCACCAUGGAGCAGAGGGCCGCUCCUUUCACACCAAGAGAAUCCUAAACGACAACCAGUCUAUUAACCUUAGAUAUAAUGAGCAGCCAUAUUGUUUCAUAAUUUGUUGUUGUUGUUGUUGUUGUAUUUGAUGCAUGAAUAAAACCCAUUUAAUCUCUGUCUUUAAG